AUGUCAGCUCAACUCGCUCCUUACAAGCAAGAGUUUUUGCAGGCCGCCAUCGCUGGCGAGAUCCUCAAGUUUGGCAGCUUCGAGCUCAAGUCAAAGCGCAUCUCACCCUACUUCUUCAACGCCGGCCUCUUCCACACUGCUCGUCUCGCCGGCGCUAUCGCUACUGCCUUUGCAAAGUCCAUCUCCGAGGCCCAGAAGGAGAACGGUCUUGACUUCGACAUCAUCUUCGGCCCCGCUUACAAGGGAAUUCCUCUGGCUUCUUCCAUUGCUGUUAAGCUCGGCGAGAUCGCCCCCGAGAACCUCGAUCGUGUGUCGUACUCCUUCGAUCGCAAGGAGGCUAAGGACCACGGUGAGGGAGGCAACAUCGUCGGUGCGCCUCUCAAGGGCAAGAAGAUUCUUAUCGUCGACGAUGUCAUCACUGCUGGUACCGCUAAGCGAGAGGCUAUUGACAAGAUCCGAAAGGCGGGUGGUAUCGUUGUUGGUAUCGUCGUUGCCCUUGACCGUAUGGAGAAGCUCCCUGCUACCGACGGCGACGAGUCCAAGCCCGGCCCCAGCGCCAUUGGCGAGUUGAGGAAGGAGUUUGACAUUCCCAUCUUCGCUAUCUUGACCCUCGACGACAUUAUCGCUGGCAUGAAGAACUUUGCUUCUGAGGAGGACAUCAAGCGAACUGAGGAAUACCGCCUCAAGUACAAGGCCAGCGACUAA